AAAAAGACUAGAAAUUGAAUGUUUAUUUUUAAGCCUCGAAAGUUGCACUGGUUGCCUUUAAUACUGUAUGAACUACGGUAUUAUUUUACCUGUCUAUUUUAUCUUCUUUAUAAACUAACCAUCUACCAUAAAAUAACUCAGCUGCUAUAUAUAUAGCUAUUUAUUAUUAUUAUUAUUAUUAUUAUUAGAUUAAUUAUUAUUAUUGCUUAAUUAUUUUAUUGAAAUGAACAAUUAACGCUGAAGAACUCGACUGUGGCCGAUAGGGGCACACUGUGACGCAAAACCAUGAGAAAAACCAAAAGAUAUAGCCCACACCACGAGGGCCCCGGCCGUGGCCCCGGCUACAGCUACUGCAGCUACCCUUCAUAGAUCUACAUAUGAGACCACGCCCCCUUCAGGUGACCAAGUUCAGCUGCGUCACGGCUCCUGCGCGUGCUGGGGCUCGUUCACACCCCGCCCCUCCAGAGAGGUCUGUUGGGUAGGGGUUGUUUUGGGGGUAGGGGUGUGUUGGGUUAGGGCUGUUUUUUGGGUGUGUGUGUGGGGGGUUAAGGGUUGGGUUAAGGAUGUGUUGGGUUUGGGGGGGGUGUCCCCACACUCCCCAGCUGCGGUCCAUCCCGUAUCCUAGAUCGUCCAGUCAGUCUCUACCUCCACCUCGAGUGGAGCGCAUCUCGAACCGCAAGGACGUCUCAUUGAAUUGAAUUCUCGUUUUUUUUUAUGUGAAUUAUAUCGCGUUAUAUUAAUAAAUGUGUGUGGUAAUUAAUUCACCUUUGCGGAUCUAAUGCAUUUCAGUUUGAUUUUGUGAGGAUUUUGUGAAGAGGACUGAACAAUGAUGCGCUCGCUCCACCUGCUCUCUGCCUUCUUCAUCUUGUCAGGAUUCAUCCUCAAACCAUCUGCACCAACUUCAUCCUUUUGCCGGCGGAGCCUCAGAGUUGGCGUUCCUGAAAGAGCCGAGCGAUGUCAUAGCUGUGAGGGACCGGCCCUUGAUGCUGGACUGCCAGGUGGAGGGGGAGGGGCCUAUAUCGGUCACGUGGAGGCGGAACGGCGUGGCCGUGCCUGUCGGCGCGAGGGCGAGCGUGCUGGCCAACGGCACGCUGCUCAUCGAAAAGUUUUCCAAGCGGCGGGAGAGCGACGAGAGCGACGCCGGCGUGUACGACUGUUCAGCGGAGAACCGCGACGGACGCAUAGUCAGCCGCAAGGCCCGCGUUCAGCUGGCCUCUCUCCCUAAGUUCCUCACCCACCCAGAGUCGGUGGCGGUGGAUGAAGGGGGCGUGACCAGACUCACCUGCCAGGUGAACGGGAUCCCAGAGGCCAGCAUCACCUGGGAGAAGAACCUCAGUCCCCUGAGCACUGAGGACACACGGUACACUCUGCUGCCCCAUGGAGUCCUUCAGAUCUCCGGUCUCCGUCGUGGAGAUGGCGGUUCGUUCCGCUGCGUUGCUACCAACAUCGCUAACAUCCGCUACAGCCGAGAGGCUCUGCUCACUGUCACAGCGGCAGGGUCCAGGACUUAUAAGGAGCCGGUCAUUCUGUCCGGUCCACGGAACCUCACCAUCACGGUCCACGAGACAGCCAUCCUGGAGUGCAUCGCUACGGGCAACCCCAGGCCCAUCGUCUCAUGGAGUCGCCUUGACGGUCGCUCUAUCGGCGUGGAGGGGAUCCAGGUGCUGGGAACCGGGAACCUGAUGAUCUCCGACGCGUCCCUGCAGCACUCCGGGGUCUACGUGUGCUCGGCCAACCGGCCCGGCACCCGGAUACGAAGGACGGCCCUGGGGCGCCUGGUGGUGCAAGCUCCACCUGAGUUCCUGCAGUGGCCGCAGUCUGUGUCUAGGCCACCAGGUGGCAGUGCGGUGUUGACCUGCAGCGCGCAGGGCGUCCCCGAGCCGCAUAUCAUCUGGCUGAAGAACGGAAAGAUCCUUUCACCUGGGAGUGGGAACAACGUCAAGCUCACCAACAACAACACGACUCUAGCCAUAACCCGUAUCACAGCAGAGGAUGAGGCCAUCUAUCAGUGCACCGCUGAGAACAGCGCUGGCACCAACCAGGCCAGUGCCCGCCUGGCCCUAAGCCCCUCCUCCCAACUACCUGAAGCCCCUGCCCACCUCCAGGCCACGCCCACUUCCUCCACCUCCGUGAAGCUGAGCUGGGAGCGCCCCUCCCCCGAGGUCACAGAGCACAUCAUCGGAUAUGUGCUGCACAUACGCAUGUUGGGAGAGCCAGACAGUAAGGAGCUUCAGGAGGCGGUCAGCAAGACCACCUUCCAGCAUGAAUUCUCCGCCCUGGAGCCGGCCACCGCCUACUCCAUCUACCUGAAGGCCUACUCCCCGCUGGGGGCCAGCCAGAGCUCCAGCACCCUCGUCACCACCACCCUUGGGGGCGUCCCUGCCUCCCAGACCUUCCUCACUAAGGUGCUGAACCGGACCGCCGUGCAGGUGUUCUGGGAGCUGCCGUCCAAGCCCGGGAAGGUUGAGGGCUUCCGGCUGUCCCACCGCCGUGUCCCCCUCCCGGACUUCGAGGCUCUAGAGACCCUCCCCGCCCACAUCAACACCCACACCUACUCCGGCCUGGAAGCGGCCGGUGUGUACGAGGUGAGGCUGGUGGCCUACAACGGGAACGGAGACGGUGCGGCCACCCGGCGGUUGGUCUCCCUGGCCGACCCCCAGCCCCGCCCCGAAACUACAGGGUGUAACUGUGAGGAUAACCACGGCUCCGGUCUGCUGAUCGGCGUCCACAUCAGCCUGGCCUGCAUCGUCUGCUGCCUCCUCUUCCUCGUCUUCGGUUACAGACACAGAAAGGGGACCCAGGACCGCUGGACCCUUCCUAGGGGCCCCGUUGGAACCAGGGCCCCUAAAGACGUAGCAUCCCCGGGUCGCCCCGAAGCCAUUGAGCUGAGCAUUCAGGGACGUGACCCCACCCCUGCUCCAGCGACGGAGAACCCUCCUCCGCCCUGCCAGGUCCUGGUGGAGGAACCACCCCCCUGUCGCUCCGUUACAGACACCGACCCACACACAACCUCUCCCUAACCCUCACCCCUUCCCCUUACCCAUACCCUCACCCUCUCCCCUUACCCUGUCUCUUGGUCUCUGCUUCCUCGCCUGCCUCCCCUUAGAGUCGCAGCCCGGCGCUGUCCAAGAACUUGAGAUAUACUAUAGAAGUGAAGAGCCACUAUGAAGACGUCCCUUUGCUUUGACUUCGACUCAAGGAGCGGCCUCUUCGUGUUUUGGAACCAAGCUACCUGUUACAGAACACACAUUUCCCCUAAAGUCUCCUAAAGGGACUGUGAUGUCUUUGUAUCCCUGUGUGCUGAUUCAACACCUCACACAAACUCACUCUUUAUGAUUUUUCACCAACGAUGCCCAGUUUUAUAUUCCGCCAAACGCUUCGUCCCAGCGGCCUUGCGGCUGUCCGAGCAGAGAGCCUCCCAGCGAGGGAUGGUGCCAAAGUUACAGCUCUGCUCCGACACGCCCUUCAUGAACGACAAGCCUUAGCCACCGACGUGGCCUCCGAUGUUUGCCUGAGUCCUGACAGCGGGAGGCGAAGCAGAGACAACCCCCCCCCUCCUCCCUCCUCCCUCCUCCCUCCUCCCUCCUCCCUCCUCCCUCCUUCCCUCCUCCCUCCGCCCCACAGAACUCUUUAGCUCCAAAGAUAGCUACCUCAGCUAGGCCACAGACGCCUCAGCUACACAAGGAACCACUUUGCCUCGAGCUGCUGGAAAAGCAAGCCAACCCCCCAACCAAAAGGGCUGUCUGACGCCCCUGUCCUAUUGUAUGUGAUGCCUUUGUCCGUGUCAACAGCCCACCUCCUGUGGGGAAAUACAGGAGCCCUGAGACUGUGAUUGUUGUUGCUGCUGCGCCUCUUCCUCCCUCCUCCUCCUCCUCCUCCUCCUCUUCCCCGGGCCUGAUGGGGAAGCCGAGGUGGUCAUGGUGUGUUGUGCCUCACUACCCAGACCUCCUGGACUGGUUCUGGAACAUUCUGCUUCUGGUAAAGGAGUAUUGUUUAGCAUCAGGGUCCCAAUGUUUGUGAAUGGGGUCUUAUUACGUGGACCGACCUGAGGAUCGAGGUCCUCGACACACGGGGGGGGGCAGGAAACAGGAUGUCCAAGUCCCUUCCUCUUCACCUGAUCCGGUUCUCUGGAACGCUCUAGAAGCUUUCUGCCGCUACGCUAAAGAAUACCUCUGGCAUGUUGAGCUUCACAGAGACGUGAUUUUUCUAUGACACACCAUUUUCAUUUUUUUCUUUAAAAAAAAAAAUUGAACAAAAAGUAUCUCUACAUUUACAGAACUGCCUCUCUGUAGAUCUAUUUAGGAAGAUAUCCAAAGAUGAAAAGUGUUUUUGUGUGUUUUGUGCAAGCUGUAAGUGUUGAGGUGUCGGAGUGAACAGUCCUCUCCUUCUUCGCACGGGACAGAUUUUGAUCUCUUUUUGACUUGAGGAUAAUUCUAUAUUUUCACAUAUUAUGAAGAGAACUCCCUAGAAGUAGUGAAGUCUGCCAAAUACGUGUGUCUCGACCUGUAGGAAACACAAGAACCAAAUGUCAGAUUAAUUUUUAUACUCUUUGAUAUAGAAGCCCAGUAUGAUGAGGGAUUUUACUUUGGAUUGCGCGUGUUUGUUUGUUUUUAGAUGGGGGCACGCUGGAGGAGUCCUUGUCUUGUCAUGUAUGAAAUUGAUAACUAGACCUACCAAUACAAACUAUUUGCUAACUCAGACCCUUAGUUUAACAGUUAACUAGACCAACCAUUAUACACUGUUAGUUAACCAGGCCAACCAAAACACACAGUUAGUUAACCAGGCCAACCAAUACUGACCAUAAGUCAACCAGACGAAAUAGUUAGUUAGCAAGAACCUUGCUAGUUAGUUAGCAAGGUUCUUGCUAACUAACCUAGUUAGUUAGCUAACUAACCUAGUUAGUUAGCAAGAACAGAACACUGUUCUUUAUCGAGCCCAAUUAAACAGUUUACUAGACAACCCAAUAGUCUCCAAACCAAAUAGUAGCCCAACCAAUAAGUUAACCAAAACCUUUGUUAAAAUACAGACAGAGAUUCACACCAUUUAUUGUGGUUCCAAACAAGUAAUUGUAAAAUAUAUUAGCAAUAACUUUGUCAGUUAUAUAGGAUUUUUUUUUUUUUUACCAUAUACCUGUCAGAUGUGAAAGGAGUAUGCUGCCAAAAUAAGAGCUUCUUUAACAUGCUAUUCUAUAGUUUGUUGACCCUGUGAUGAAUUUUGUAAUUAGAAGAUGUGAAACUGUGUUUUCUGCAUCGGGUAAGGUAACUCACUUUUAUAACCUAUAACGUCUGCAUAUGGGAGCAACAGCCAUAAAUAUAUAUGUUUACUUGCCAUAUUUAAUAAGCCAUAAGGAUUGUUUUGAAGCCAUAUUCUACACUAUUGAAUGCUGAAGUUCUGGUGAUACACAUGUUCUGAUGCUGUUAUUCAGGUCAGAAACAAAGCUUACCUCUUGCUUUUUACAAAAUAUUUAGUUUAGAAAGUGAAAAAGUAGAAUGAUAUACUGAUCCAUGGCUCUGACCAAGGAGAAAAUGCUUUAACGUUAUGAAUAUUAUUUUCUCUUUCUUCUUUUCUUUAAACAUUACUGGGAGGAUUGCCCAAAGCUUUAAGAUGGUUUUAAGAAGACUAGGGUCAGUCAAAGAUUGAUUGACACAGACACAGAUGUUUUGCUUCGGAAAUAAUUCAAUUGCAAAUAAUACUAAACAAUUUGUAUAUUAUCAGAAAAAUGGAUUCAUAUUUUUCUCCUAACAUCUGAAAUGAACGGACUGUAUUGUCUCUCUCCCAGAUAAAAAAACACAUGAUGUCCUCUAGACUUCUUCAUGUUCACCACGUGUUUCUGGUGAUCUCUGUUCUUCCAUCUGGUGUUCUCAUACCUGCAAACCAAAUAAAACAAUGUAGUUGA